GCGCACAAGCAAGCAAGCAGGUCCUGCCAUGUAAACGAUCCUCGGCCCCACGAAAAGACAGCAAACUGUUGAACAACCUAACGUGUAUCUGUUUAAUUUGUUAAAAAGGCAAAAUGAGGGCAGUUCCUACGUGGAUUGACAAAGUACAUGAUCGCGACAAAGUUGAGCAAUGUAUCUACGACCUUGCCUUCAAACCAGAUGGCAGCCAGCUUAUUGUGGCAGCUGGGAAUCGUGUUUUGGUGUAUGACACAUCAGAUGGAACUCUCAUUCAGCCUCUGAAAGGACACAAGGACACCGUGUACUGUGUCGCCUACGCCAAAGAUGGGAAACGGUUUGCCUCAGGUUCUGCUGACAAAAGCAUCAUCAUCUGGACAUCUAAACUGGAGGGUAUUUUGAAAUAUACACAUAAUGACUCCAUCCAGUGUGUUGCCUACAACCCAGUCAGCCACCAGCUGGCCUCCUGCUCCUCUGGGGACUUUGGUCUGUGGUCCCCAGAACAGAAAUCUGUAUCCAAGCACAAAGUCAACAGCAAGAUAACAUGUUGUGGGUGGACCAAUGACGGUCAGUACCUGGCCCUGGGAAUGAUGAACGGGGUGGUGAGCAUCAGGAAUAAGAACGGAGAGGAGAAGGUGAAAAUAGAGCGACCAGGAGGAUCCUCCUCUCCUAUCUGGUCCAUCGCAUGGAACCCCUCCAAGGAUGAGCACAAUGACAUCCUGGCUGUGGCAGACUGGGGGCAGAAGCUGUCCUUCUAUCAGCUCAGUGGAAAACAGAUUGGGAAGGACAGAACUCUGACCUAUGACCCCUGCUGUGUCAGCUACUUCUCCAAGGGGGAAUACAUUGUGAUGGGUGGCUCGGACAAGCAGGCCUCCCUCUACACCAAAGAUGGGGUGCGGCUCGGCACCAUCGGGGAGCAGAGCUCCUGGGUGUGGACCUGUAGAGUCAAACCUGACUCCAACUAUGUGGUGUUGGGCUGCCAGGAUGGGACCAUAGCCUUCUUCCAGCUCAUCUUCAGCACGGUGCACGGCCUGUACAAGGACCGCUAUGCCUACAGAGACAGCAUGACUGAUGUCAUCGUCCAGCACCUCAUCACUGAACAGAAAGUGAGGAUCAAGUGCAGAGAGCUUGUGAAGAAGAUAGCUAUCUACAGGAACCGCCUGGCCAUCCAGCUGCCUGAGAAGAUCCUCAUCUACGAGCUGUACUCUGACGACUCCUCGGACAUGCACUACCGCAUCAAGGAGAAGAUCUGCAGAAAGUUUGAGUGCAACCUGCUCGUGGUCUGCUCCCAGCACAUCAUCCUGUGUCAGGAGAAGAGGCUGCAGUGUCUGUCCUUCACCAGUAUCAAGGAGAAGGAGUGGCUUAUGGAGUCUCUGAUUCGCUACAUCAAAGUGAUUGGUGGCCCACCGGGCAGAGAGGGCCUACUGGUGGGGCUGAAGAAUGGAGCUAUCCUAAAGAUCUUUGUUGACAACCCAUUUGCCAUCACUCUGCUGAAGCAGUCUACGUCUGUGCGUUGUCUGGACAUGAGUACAUCCCGCAGCAAGCUGGCCGUGGUGGACGAACACAACACCUGCCUGGUUUACGACAUCCACACCAAGGAGCUGCUCUUCCAGGAGCCCAAUGCUAACAGCGUAGCCUGGAACACCCAGUGUGAGGACAUGCUGUGUUUCUCAGGCAGCGGCUACCUCAACAUCAAGGCCAGUAACUUCCCAGUGCAUCAGCAGAAGCUGCAGGGCUUCGUGGUGGGCUACAACGGCUCCAAGAUCUUCUGCCUGCACGUGUACUCCAUGUCCGCCGUGGAGGUGCCUCAGUCGGCUCCCAUGUACCAGUAUCUGGAGAGGAGGAUGUUCAAGGAGGCCUAUCAGAUCGCCUGCCUGGGUGUGACUGACAGUGACUGGAGGGAUCUGGCCACGGAAGCACUGGAGGGGCUCGACUUUGACACCGCUAAGAAGGCAUUCAUCAGAGUACGAGACCUGCGCUACCUGGAGCUCAUCAACAGCAUUGAGGAGAGGAAGAAGAGAGGUGAGAGCGACACUGAGCUGUUCCUUGCGGAUGUCUAUGCCUACCAGGGGAAAUUCCACGAGGCUGCCAGGCUCUACAAGAGGACUGGCUUGGACUCCAGAGCUCUCAGCAUGUACACGGACCUGCGCAUGUUUGAGUACGCUAAGGCCAUUUGUUUUAGCGCUGGAGGACACCGGAGUUUUGUGGGCGCGGCAGACCCUAAAAACACUCGCAUGCUGAUGUCCAAGCAGGCCGACUGGGCUAAGAACAGCAAGGAGCCGCGGGCCGCUGCUCAGAUGUACCUGACUGCAGGAGAACACCUCAAAGCCAUCGACAUCAUCGGAAACGGCUGGGUCGACAUGCUGAUUGACAUAGCCCGUAAGCUGGAUAAGGCGGAGCGCGAACCACUGGCUAAGUGUGCGGCCUACUUCCAGAAGCUGAAGCACCAUGGUUAUGCCUCUGAGACCUACUCCAAGAUGGGAGACCUGCAGGCCCUGGUGCAUCUGCACGUGGAGGCACGACACUGGGACGAGGCCUUCUCUCUGGUGGAGAAACAUGCUCAGUUUAAAGAUGACGUCUAUGUGCCCUACGCUCAGUGGCUGGCUGAGAACGACCGCUUUGAGGAGGCACAGAAAGCGUUCCACAAGGCGGGCCGACAGAGUGAGGCUGUGAAGGUGUUGGAACAGCUUACCCACAAUGCCGUGGUGGAGAGCAGGUUCAAUGACGCAGCAUAUUAUUACUGGAUGCUCUCUAUGCAGUGUCUGGACAUCGCUAGGGAAAACGAAGAGAGGAAGGAGGAGAUGCUGCAGAAGUUCAAGCGUUUCCAGCACCUGGCUGAGCUCUACCAUGUUUACCACUCAAUACAGCGUUACACAGAUGAACCCUUUAGCUCCCAUAUGCCUGAGACGCUCUUUAACAUCUCCAGGUACCUCCUACACAACCUCACCAAGGACGUGCCACUGGGCAUCUCUAAAGUUAACACUCUUUAUGCGUUGGCCAAGCAGAGCAGAACCCUGGGAGCGUUUAAACUAGCCAGACAUGCCUAUGAGAAGCUCCAGGACCUCCACGUUCCCUCUCGCUUCCAGGAGUCAAUGGACCUGGGCAGCCUUACCGUCCGCUCCAAACCAUACCACGACAAUGAGGACCUGAUCCCCAUGUGUUACCGCUGUUCCACCAACAACCCCCUGCUGAACAGCCAGGGCAGUGUGUGUAUCAACUGCAAACAGCCCUUCAUCUAUUCAGCAUCUUCAUACGAGGUCCUUCCUCUGGUGCAGUUCUACCUGGACAAGGGUAUCGGUGAUGAGGAGGCUGUGUCUCUCAUUGACCUGGAGGUCCCUUGCAUUGACAGGAAGGCUGCUCGCUGGCAGGAGAUGAGCAGUGGGGAGUCCCAGUCUCUGAAGCUGGAUGAUGGCACAGAAGACACAGAGGAGGACCCUUUCAUGGCCAAACUCAGCUUUGAGCAGGGGGGCUCUGACUUUGUCCCGGUGGUGGUGAGUCGCUCCGUGCUGAGGUCUAUGAGCAGGAGGGAUGUCCUGAUCAAGCGCUGGCCCAAACCCCUGCAGUGGGAGUACUACCGCUCCUUACUGCCUGAUGUCAGCAUCACCAUGUGCCCCUCCUGCUUCCAGAUGUUCCACAGUGAAGACUAUGAGCUGCUUGUGCUUCAGCACAACUGCUGUCCCUACUGCCGUCGGCCCAUCGAUGAACCCAACUGACCUCCCCAAACUGGUCUAGAAUCAAUUCAUCCAUCUCACACUUCAUUCAUAUCUUCAGUUUCACUCUUGCUCUUCUGAGCAAUGUUCCAUCCAUAUGCUGGCAGCCACAAACCCUCAUGGAUGUUAUUUCAGGGAUGGGAUUAUGAAGAUCAUUAUAGUCCGCAACAAAAGCACAUCUUCAGCUGAUCAACCCUAUAGAAUGAACAGGAUGAGAUCACACAGAUUUACGAAUGAACUCUUCUGUCUAGAAAAACGUAUUUUAAUUCACUGGUAUUUAUUGUUGCCGUUAUGUUAUGUGUACUUUAACUCUCUAGCAUUCCACAUUAUUAUUUAGGUAAAUAGUCAUGGUGUGAUGUUUUUUUUAAAGAGUUGAAUAUAUUGUAUUUUUA